AUGCCUCACAUCUACCUGUCUUUGCUUCUGGCUGGGCUCUGUGCUUUUGCCCACCGUCACCAUACUCUUGACCACAAGGAGGACCAUGACCAUUCUCCUCUUGCUGAAGGUCACAGAGAUUUGCCUUCUGUGAAGAUAGUCCAAUUCUACUACGACCUUCCUUUGGAGACUGGUGAGAAGAACAUUUUCUCUUUUUUUAUAAUAUUUUUAUUCAUUUUCAAAUACAAAUUUAUACGACCAUUAUCAGAAUUUAUCACAUAAUCUUCUCUUUUUUUUUACUUCCCUCAGUUUCUCUGCCAAUCUUCCGUUUUAUUUUUUUUUUUACACAUUUUCUAAUUUUAAUAUUGCCUUUAAAAUAUACCCUCUCCAGCCUUAUUUCCUUUUUUGCAAUAUUCCUCAUAUUUUCACAGAACAUCUUGAAAACCUACAAGCGUUGUCUGUUCAUCACAUAUAUUUUUUCAGAUAAUCUGUAAAUUUUCCCCAGUCCUCGAUGAACUUCUGGUCUCGCAAUUAUCGGAUCUUCCCUGUUAGUUUAUCCAGUUCUGCAAAGUCCGUAAAUUUUGAUCUCCAUUCUUCAACCGUCGGUAAUUCUUCCUGUUUCCAUUUUUGGGCCAGGAGUAUUCUCGCCGCUGUUACUGCGUAUUGGAAAAGUUUACAGUCUUUUUUACAGAUUUCAUUUCCUACAAUUCCUAAAAGAAAAGCCUCCGGUUUCUUAACAAAUGUAUAUUUUAACAUCUUUUUCAAUUCAUUAUAAAUCAUUUCCCAGAAGCCUUUCACUUUCUUACAUUCCCACCACAUAUGAUAAAAUGUCCCUUCUUUUUCUUUACACUUCCAACACUUAUUACAUGUUUUAUACAUUUUUGCAAGUUUUACUGGAGUACUAUACCAUCUAUAUACCAUUUUCAUAACACUUUCCUUUAACGCAGUACAUGCUGUAAAUCUUAGUCUUUGAUUCCAUAGUUUUAUCCAAUCAUCCAAUUCUAUCCAAAAUCCCUGGCCCAAUGUACCAUCACCGAUUUAACUUCUUCAUCUUUUGUAUACCAUUCCAGCAACAAUUUAUACACUUUUGAUAAAAUUUUAUAGUCGUUACUUAGUAUUUCUGUUUGAAAUUUUGAAUCCUUUUCCACAUAACCGCACUCUUUACAAUCCUUUUUAAACAUUUCAUUAACCUGAUAAUAAUGCAACCAAUCAUAUACAUACUCUUGAGAAGAACAUUUUCUUUCACCCUCUGACCAUUUCCACUGCCUUGGCCCUAGUGUCACUGGGAGCUAGAACAACUAUGUUGAGCCAGCUUUUGUCAGGACUUGGCUUUAAUGAUAUUAAGUAAUUGGGAACUAGAUUAAGAACAGAGCUAUAAAGGCAGGUAUCUCAGCACAGUAAGAUGCCACAAAAACAGGAGCUUUUAUUAAAAGCUCUGAGUAUGACAAUUAAUAUUUUGAAGAACUAAAUGACAUGUAUACUGUUAUUGUUCUUUCCAUAAGCCAGUUGGGAAAAACCUUUCAAUUCUCUGAAUACAAGAAAAGGAGACUUCUAUGUGGAUGAGGAAACAAAGGUGAAAGUCCCUAUGAUGAACAAAGUCAGCUGGUUUGAGACUUACCAUGAUAAGAUCCUGUCCUGCAAGGUUGUGAAGCUCCCUUACAAGAGCAAUGUUUCAGCAUUAUUUAUUCUUCCUCACCAAGGAAAAAUGAAGCAGUUGGAAAAUGCUCUUAGCAAAGACGUUUUGUUAAAAUGGAGGAAUUCUACAAAAUCACAGUAAGUGUACAUGCUAUAGUGGAAAGAGUGUAGUACAUAUUUGUAGGUGUAAAUAUAUUGUUGUGAGUUUGAGGGAUAGUGAUAGGCUGUGUAAUGACCAAGUCCCUUGUAAUUCCAGAACAGGAUCAAUUGAGCCUAGACAUCGCUGAGACAGGAGUGCAAACAUGUUAGGAAUGUGGGCUUGGGAGAGCACAUCUUUGAUUAGAAUUCUGUCCUGCCAUAUGACACCCAAAAUUCUCCUGGCACAUUUUUUUUCAAUGCAACACCUCACUAGCCUCUGGUUCCUCUUUCAACAGGAGAAUAGAUCAAGCAGACCUCUCUGAAAUUCCUGGGAAGCGUGAGGUGAAGAUUUCCAAGGUAGGCGUCUCAAAAUUCUACAGGUUGAUCUAUAUUUUCUUGUAUCCUCCAUUUUCCACCAGAGGUACCCUCUUGUCUGAAUUAUGUUCAAAUGAACAUAAUUUGGGGUACUUGAACCACAAUCCCAUCUCUCAUGGAGAGGAGGAGCCUAAAUACUUGCUAUUCCAGCUCGGAUGAUUAAGAGGCACCAAAAACCCAUCUCUCCCUCUACUAUAGCCUAAUGGCAUGAGUGGUGCUUGGUGACAGUUGAGGGGGGAGCCCCAAUGGAGCUGGUCUCCCAACAGAACUGAUGGAGAGACUCUUAAGGCCCAGCUCUCCCUCUUCCCUUGGCCAUGCUAUUUGGGGCUGAUGGGAUCCAAAAACAUCAGGAGGGCCACAGUUUCCCCACCUCUGACACAGAAUUUUCAAGAGCAGAUGAUUCGGUACCAGUUGCUUUGCAAAGACUGCAGUUAGCAUUGCAGAAGGAGGAGAAAUCUGAUAUAUUUGCAAGCUUUGUGCAGACAGUAUGGUUUAUCACAUACCUGCUUUAGUCUGACCUGCUCAGGCACUGUAAUUUUUUUAACGAUAUAUACGAUAUCUUUAUUGUCAUUGUGCCACACAGAACAAUGAAAUUGAAAAUCUACAUAAAAUAUUCAAAAAUCCCUAAAAACUCUGAAACCCCAUUUUAAAAUACAAUAUACUAUAGUGCUGACGAACCAUAUGCUGUGUGUAUUACUGCAGCCUAAUUUUAAAGUAUAUUACUAAAUAUGUCUUUUAUCCAGUUAUAUAAACUUUUGUAUUUAUCUGUUUAUGUGCUGGCUACUUUUGAAACCUACUGUUUAUAAUAUUAUAGGAGUAAUAGGGUAAUAUUAUAUGUGGUAUAUAUGAAAGAAGUGUUCGUAUUUUUAGCAUAAUGAGCCUGGUAUGGGGAUCUUGCUUCUCAUCAACAGUAAGGGAGAGAGACAAGAACUAGGAAAAAAUAAUUAUGGAGAAGAUUGACAUCAAGAUUUUAAGAAAAUUCCUUCAGUUCCUUGAGGCUGACUGAUACACAAAUAUGAUGCUUAGAACUGGUUAGAGGAACCAGAUCAAUAGGUAAUCAGAGUGAGAAACGACCACAUGAUGUUGUUUCUUAAGACAUUCGGUGGAUAAGACACUUAGUGGAUUUAUUUGUUUUGAAGGCCUAGAUUUUCUCAUGAUAAAAUCCUGAGUCAGACACAAUCUUGCACUAAUUUCUGUUGUGUUUCUUUGCAGGCUAUUCACAAAGCUUAUUUAAAUGUCUAUGAGAAUGGCACGGAAGCUGCAGCUACUACUGCCACUGAAAUUGUUCCUAUCUCCCUUCCUCGUGUAAUAAUUACGUUCAAUCGCCCCUUUCGGUUUGUGAUGACUAGCGAGUUUAACCCCAUCUUCAUGGCAAAAGUCACGAAUCCUACUGAGGCAUGA